ACUAUUAUAAAGUGACCGACCUAUUGUUUAUUAUUUCUACAAGCAUAAUUUAACAAUUUAUUAAAACAAAAAUGAAAUUAAUUAUUAUUUUUGCUGUCUUUGCUCUGGUAGCAACAAAUUCGAAUGCUGGUAACAUUGUAAAACGUGGAAUAUAUAAUUUGGCUCCAGCUGUUCCUUUAUCUGCAGCAGUACAUUAUGCCGCUCCAGCCCCAGCAAUUGUACCAGCUGUGGUUCCAGCUCCAGUUAGCUACGCUUCAAUUACAAAAGUCGCGUAUCCUAGUUAUCCUAUAUAUAAAAGUUAUUACGCACCAGCACCGCUUGUAACAAAAGUUGUAUACCCACAACCCGUUAUACACGCGGCCCCAAUUAUCAAAUAUAGACAACCUUUAUUACACUAUCAUUAUCAUUAAUAUUGUAGUGAAAUAGUUCAAAGAAAAUGUCUCAUAACAGUAAACAUUUUUUCAGCAGGUUAUGCCAAUAAUUUUUUUAAUUAGUAGUGGUUUCUAGAACUAUAAGAAAUAAAACGAGAUACAUAAAAACUAGCUAAAACUGAAAGUAUCAUCAUCUUUAC